GCCGCCGGGCUCGGGCCGGCUUCUCUUCCCGGCGCUCCCCGCUCUCCCAGCCCACUGCAGUUUAGUUGUUCUCUUGUGUUUUUUCUUUCCCUUUUUUUUCUUUCUUUUUUUUUUUUUUUUUCUCUUCCAACUGGGAAUGCUCAAACUGGACUGAUGGACAUUUCCGAGCUGUGCAUCUCCGACCCGCUCGGCUACCACAACCAGCUGCUCGGCAGAAUGGCCACGGAGGAGCGGCACCUCUCCUCCAGCUGUGGGUCCUUCAUCAAGACCGAGCCCUCCAGCCCGUCUUCUGGCAUCGACGCCAUCAGCCACCACAGCCCGAGUGGCUCCUCCGAUGCUAGCGGUGGCUAUGGCAUCGCCAUGGGUGGCCACUCCAAUGGCCUAGACUCACCCCCCAUGUUCAAUGGCACGGGGAUUGGUGGUGGGUCCUGCCGUAAGCGUUACGACGACUGUGCCAGCGCCAUCAUGGAGGACUCACCCACCAAGUGCGAGUACAUGCUCAAUGCAAUCCCCAAGCGGCUGUGCCUGGUGUGUGGGGACAUUGCUUCUGGGUACCACUACGGCGUGGCUUCCUGUGAGGCAUGCAAAGCCUUCUUCAAGAGGACUAUUCAAGGUAAUAUUGAAUACAGCUGCCCGGCUACCAAUGAAUGUGAGAUCACGAAACGGAGGCGCAAAUCCUGUCAGGCCUGUCGCUUCAUGAAAUGCCUCAAAGUGGGGAUGCUAAAAGAAGGUGUUCGUCUGGAUCGAGUCCGUGGAGGCCGACAGAAAUACAAGAGGAGACUGGAUUCUGAGAGCAGCACUUACCUGAGCUUACAGAUCCCUCCCCCAGCUAAAAAACCACUGACUAAGAUCGUCUCCCACUUGCUGGUGGCUGAGCCAGAGAAGAUUUAUGCCAUGCCUGAUCCAACCAUGCCGGAGAGCGACAUCAAAGCCCUGACAACCCUCUGUGACCUGGCAGACAGGGAACUGGUGGUGAUCAUUGGCUGGGCAAAGCACAUCCCAGGGUUCUCCAACCUCUCCCUCGGGGACCAGAUGAGCCUUCUUCAGAGUGCCUGGAUGGAAAUUCUCAUCCUGGGCAUUGUGUACCGCUCCCUGCCAUAUGAGGACAAGCUGGUCUAUGCUGAGGACUACAUAAUGGAUGAAGAGCACUCUCGUCUGACAGGGCUGCUGGAGCUCUACCUGGCCAUUCUUCAACUGGUGCGCCGCUAUAAGAAGCUCAAGGUGGAAAAGGAGGAGUUUGUCACACUCAAAGCUCUGGCCCUUGCCAACUCAGACUCCAUGCACAUAGAGGACAUGGAUGCAGUGCAGAAACUCCAGGACCUUCUCCACGAAGCCCUGCAGGACUACGAGCUGAGUCAGCGCAAUGAGGAGCCCCGGCGAGCAGGCAAGCUGCUCUUGACCUUGCCCCUCCUGCGGCAGACGGCUGCCAAAGCUGUGCAGCACUUCUACAGCAUUAAACUGCAGGGCAAGGUUCCCAUGCAUAAACUCUUCCUAGAAAUGCUAGAGGCAAAGGUCUGACAGCCCCAGCGCCAGCCGACAGUGGCCGGGGAACAAACUAGAAACAAAGAUGCAGACAACGGAGUAAUCCAAACAGCAGCAGCAGCCACCGCCGGCUUUUAUCUCCAGUCAUUUAUUACGGAAGAAUUAUUUAAUGUCUAUCUGUCGGCGUGACUGCAGAAUCUUGUGUACAGAAGGGGGGAAACUUUUAAUCAGUCACCUGUUUCUCUUUUUUUCGUUGUUUUCUCUGUGGGAAAUACCAGAAUAUGCUCUUGCACUUGUUGAGGCAGUCAUCGGGGCUCAGCCCCUCUGAUCAGCGAUGCUCUCAGCGCUGUCCAGGCUGCCUGCUCCCCAGCUCCCUCUGACAGUGCUGGAGGGGGAGUGGGGACAAAAGCAGGAAGAGAGGAAGAACAGUCAAUAUAAACUUUAUCUGCUCGUGUUAUGAGGGGUCAGUUAGAAAGGGAAGCAGCCGUGGUCCUUCUUUUUGUCACCUUUCUGCCUCUAACCAUAGAGCAGAUGCUCCUUUGGAGAAGAGCACUGCUGGACCUCUCCUGAACAAAAAGGCUGCCUCCCAGGCUCCUCUAACACUUGUACAUACAGGCCCCACUUCUUACUGGGAAAGAUGCUCCUAACUGUGUAAGAUAUUCUGCGACCUUGUACAGUGUGUCAUUACGCCUGGCUAGUCCAUCCCAUGUACAAUUCCUGCAGGCCCCUGAAGAGGUAGGAUGUAUGUCCCUGAGAAAAUGCAAGUCUUUCCCAAAUGGUGAGAGAAAAGAGCCUGAUGUGCUGGGUCGACUUGAUAAUCUCUGCAUCCUCUCCUAUGUGGUGCUAACUACAAUUCUUCCACACUUUUCACCCUGUAGUGUAUCAAACCUGCCUCUUCAGCUCAGCUGAGUACCAUUCCCCACUUGUUCCUUGUGGCAGAGAACACAAGGUUUGUCUGCAUGGUUACUGCCCAAGUAUCAAUACACCCCAAACCAGAUCUUUCCUAGACUUCACUAAAUGAUAGCUCUUUGCCUCCACAGAGACUUAGGCUUAACGCCAAAUUCUAGUUAGGAAUCAAGGGCACUGCUUUUCAGAGGAGGCAGCUCCAGAGCCUGAGAGAUUACUUUUUUGGUGACAGCCUAGGGAAAUAAAUUAGACGGUGGCAUAAGAUUCCCGAUACUCCAACUACUGUCUUCCCCUGCCUCAUCCCAUUAUCCUCAACAGCAGGAAAAGAGCAAACAUAUAUUAUACCUGGGGCUGUAAGAGGCUCUCUUCCUGAUCAGAAAGCAAAUACCUGACCUUGGGUUCGUAGAAGAAGAACUGGAGUAAUGUUUAUUUACUACUCUUACAUACCCAGGUUUCUGCUAUCUCCAAGGCCUGGUUUAUCAGCUCUGCUGCCUAAGCCAUACCUGCUGCAUUCUCAGUAGCCAGAGGGAAAUGUAGGUGACUGACAAAACUGACUGCUGGCAUUCUUUGAGACUUUAUUUUCUAGGUCACUUAGUUUUAAGCUAGCCUGAGCUGACACAACCUGAGUGUCCUGUCUCUUUUGUGGUCAGCAGCAAGGCAGUAGAGGUGAGGAAAAGCCUCUGAUGUACAUUUGAGACACCACUGACUCUAUUACCUCUGUUCUCCUCAAGCUUCCAUCCCUUCCUGGCUUCCCCAGGAGACAGGUGGUGUGGCAGAGGAGUAACUUGCCCCCAGCAGGAAGUCUUCCAAACCAGGGUUGCAGUGUGUGAUCAGAGAGGCGCUGGGAGCUUGUUUUCUGCUGGAGCAGAAUGUGUCACAGCAGGGCUGUCAGUGCUGCAGAACCCUGCCCAGCAGACUGAGCUAUGGGUGCUGACUGAUGGUGACCUCUCAGAUCUUGUAGCCAGCCCUCACCUUGUACUUCAGUUAGUUCAGUUCAUCUCAUUUGAGUUCUUCCUACGCUACACAGUUGUAGCUACUCUCACUCAUUUUGUACUUCAUUGAUAAUGGAAUUCAGUCUUACUUCAAGCAUAUUAGUAAACCAACAGAGACCUAAAGGGCAGAAGGCACAUGGGAACUGGAACUCCAACAGCAGUAGCAAUUACACAGUGGUCUUGUGCUUUGAGCAGAUACUCAUGCUUCUCUCCCCAGCUCCCUCCCAGAGGCAGCUGGCGAGAAAAUCAGAGGCUUUUGGUUGCACUCAUGAUCCCUGUACCCAUCUGUGACUGAGGGACCAAAGUAAAAUGCAUGCCACUACUAUAGAGUCAGCUUGCCAUGUGCUGCACUCUGGUAACUCUUCCUGGCUGUGGCCACUCCUGAAGGAGUGCUUUUGCAGGUGUGUUAUGUUGCUUUAUUGCCUGUAAGUUUGACUCACUUGACCACUGUUGCAAUCUUGCUGAAUAUGACCCAGCUCGGCCACAGCACAUUGUGUCCCAACUUGCUGUACAAAGGUAGCUGUCCCAAAAUGGGCUGAAAAGAUCCUAAGAAGCAAUUCUUACUCUGUCAGGCCCUGCUGGAAAGGUCACUUACACAAAAAAAAAAAGAAAACAACCAAAAA